GCAUUUCCAGUAAAAAGAAACUAGUAAGGUGAUUCCACAAGAGAACAGUCAGGCAGUUUUGAAAUCAGUCAAGCAGAGUGAACAAAAAGCCAGACCAGAGCCUUCCCAUAGAGACACGUCUUGUCGGUGAAUGCUUGGGGCUGGAACAUGGCUGCAGCUGUCUGCACCGUGAACAGUUUCAUGGCCAUGGUCAUCAUCUGGACCAUGACAGCACAUGCUGAAACAGACAAGCCUCUUGGAGAGACGGCUAAGGCUGGAUUUCAAACAUGCAAAGACGCCUUAAAACUACCUGUCUUGGAGGUCUUACCAGGAGGGGGCUGGGAUAAUCUGAGGAAUAUAGACAUGGGCCGGGUGAUGGACUUGACGUACACCAACUGUAAGACCACAGAAGAUGGACAGUACAUCAUCCCCGAUGAAGUCUUUACCAUUGCCCAGAAAGAGAGCAACCUGGAAACGAACUCAGAAAUCCUGGAUUCCUGGGUGAAUUACCAGAGCACAACCUCAUUUUCCAUCAACACAGAACUCUCCCUUUUCUCCAAAGUCAACGGCAAGUUCUCUACUGAGUUCCAAAGGAUGAAGACCCUUCAAGUAAAGGACCAAGCUGUAACCACCAGGGUUCAGGUAAGAAACCUGGUCUAUACAGUCAAAAGCAGCCCAACUUCAGAACUCAGUUUGGGGUUUACGAAGGCACUUAUGGACAUCUGUGACCAGCUGGAGAAAAACCAGACAAAGAUGGCCAUGUACCUGGCAGAGAUGUUGGUUCUCAACUAUGGCACACACGUAAUCACUAGUGUGGAUGCUGGGGCUGCACUCGUUCAGGAGGAUCACAUAAGGUCCUCCUUCCUCCUGGACAACCAGAACAGCCAGAACAGAGUGACUGCCUCUGCUGGGAUUGCCUUCUUAAACAUCGUGAACUUCAAACUUGAGGAGGACUACACCUCCCAGAACGCUUUGACCAAGAGCUAUCUUUCUAACAGAACCAACUCCAGGGUGCAGAGCAUGGGCGGGGUUCCAUUCUACCCAGGCAUCACUCUAGAAAUCUGGCAGAAGGGCAUCACUAACCACCUGGUGGCAGUAGACCGUGCUGGCUUGCCUCUGCAUUUCUUCAUCAAGCCCGACAAGCUGCCUGGCUUGCCAGGUCCCUUGGUGAAAAAGCUGUCGAAGACAGUGGAAACUGCUGUGAGACACUAUUACACUUUUAACACCCACCCUGGCUGCACAAAUGUCGAUUCCCCCAACUACAAUUUUCAAGCCAAUGUGGAUGACGGCUCAUGUGAUGAGAAAGUAACCAACUUCACCUUUGGUGGAGUUUACCAGGAAUGCACUGAACUGUCCGGGGAUGUUCUUUGCCAAAACCUAGAGCAGAAGAAUCUGCUCACUGGUGAUUUCUCCUGUCCCUCUGGAUACACCCCUGUCCAUUUGCUGACUCAGACCCAUGAGGAGGGUUACAGUCGCCUGGAAUGUAAAAAGAAGUGCACCCUCAAAAUCUUCUGCAAAACAGUGUGCGAAGAUGUGUUCCGAGUGGCCAAGGCUGAAUUCAAGGCUUAUUGGUGUGCAGCCACUGGCCAAGUACCUGAAAACUCAGGACUUCUCUUUGGGGGAGUCUUCACUGACAAGAGCAUCAACCCCUUGACAAAUGCACAGUCAUGCCCAGCCGGCUACAUUCCACUGAGACUGUUUGAGAACCUCAAGGUAUGUGUUUCUCUGGAUUAUGAGUUGGGGUACAAGUUUUCGGUACCCUUUGGUGGGUUCUUUAGCUGUAUAAUGGGGAACCCCUUGGUUAACUCUAAUGCAUCUAAAGAUAUAGGAGCACCAUCUCUGAAAAAGUGUCCCGGGGGCUUCAGCCAACACCUAGCCAUUAUCAGUGAUGGAUGCCAAGUGUCCUACUGUGUCAAGGCUGGAAUCUUUACAGGUGGGUCUCUGCUCCCUGUAAGGCUCCCACCUUACACCAGACCACCCCUCAUGAGCCAAGUUGCCACCAACACCGUCAUAGUGACCAGUAGUGAGACUGCCAGAUCCUGGAUUAAAGACCCCCAGACCAACCAGUGGAGGCUGGGAGACCCACUGGAGCUGCGCAGAGCCAUGACAGUCAUCCAUGGAGACAGUGGUGGUAUGCCAGGAGGAGAAGCUGCUGGAAUCACUUUGGCAGUCAUUGUGGCAUUAGGGGUAGUCAUUGCCUUGGCCGUCUACAGUACCCGGAAGUACAAGAAGAAGGAAUACCAGGCAAUUGAGGAGCAACAGAGUUUGGUUGGAAGUUUAGCAACAGAGGCAUCAGAUCCAAGUCCAGCUUAAUUGUCUCCAGAACAGUCUGUGUCAUUUCCAGCCACAGCUUCAAGCACGUUUUUCUUGGUUUUCUCUGUUUCUGCCUUCCUGAGCACUGAAGUGAAAGUUCCAACAGAAAGCAGGUAUUAAGCUGUGGGACUUCUUGUUUAGGCCUCUGCACCAGGAAAUUAAAGGGGCUGCUUUAAGGAGGUGUGGGGGAAGGGGAUGAUUCAUUCAGAAAAAGCUGGCCUGGGACCAAGGUGUGAAGGAGGCGUGUAUCCAUUCUCAUAGAUGUCCUUACCCGAAUGUGUGUGUAUGAGAAGAGACUGGAUUUGGAGAUUAGGAAUUUAGUCUGAAUUCCAGUUUGUGAGGUGAAGGGGUUUGUGCUUUAAGUACCUCAUUACUUCUAUUUUGUUGUUAAGGAAGCUCUCUGGGUUCCACAAACCAAGAAGCAGACAUGACCCUGAAAUGCCACAGGAGGCCUACAUGGGCACUACUCUUCAGCUUUAAGGGCUCUGUGUUGAUUUACAGACUUUCCUCUCACAGAGUCAUCCCCAGGCAUGCAAGGGGCUUAUACAAAUUCCACUUUUCCCAACUUCCCCACAAUUAAGACUUAGUCUAGAUCAGUCUUGGGCUUCUGAACAGUGUUAACACGUCUUCAGAAAAUAUUUUAACUUGUAACUUUCUGCUGAGUGAAGGAUGAAUGAACUGUAGGGAAGUAAGUAACACAUGAAGGAUAAAAACUGUGGUUCUGGAGACGAUGCCACCAUUCCAGAACUGAAUUUAGAUCUGUCCACUAACAGCAUUAUACAUGAGGAACUGAAUGGAGCUGUACUUUGGGUAGACCAAGCAUUAUGGUUUCAUGUUUAUGUUUCAAAAACAUAACCCCUUCCUCUCUAUCC